AAGGGAGCAGGUGUGGGAGGUGGACGGGGUGGAAGGGAUGUUUGGGCAGCUGCUGCGCCUGGCCCCGGCCUUUCACAGGUCCUGCCCGUCUCCACUCAAAGGACUCUCAGCGGCAGACCCUCAAUUUGCAUUUGCUGCAGACUUCUGGCAGACUUCACUUGGCGGACUCGGCGGCGGAAGACUCAGUGCAACUUUGGGACAACAUAUAGGUCUAUGGUUUACAGAGGAAACGGGGAUUAAAUCACAUUAGCGUGUACCAUAUAUAUUGUCUGGAGACAUUUGUAACUGGUGUAACUUGGGCGAGAUAUUGUUUAUUAAAAUCUGGCUUUGAUACUGCAGACGGAUCUAGGUUUUCUCGCGGAGCGAUACUGCGUCCUCCGCUCCCCAGGCCGUGGCGCACUGCACAGACAGUGCACUCAAGUUGGGGUUUAACUUCGGGAUGAGUCUGCGCCACUUUACGGAGUACUAAAGCAUAUUUUAUUUGUCCGCUGUGUGUCUAUACGGAACCAGGCCACUGGGACUUUUUUGCACGUGCUCGGAACUAACUGUCCAACUUUGUGGCAUCGGACGGAUUUAGCAGAACUCAAGAUGUCAAUCCUGCCUUUCACUCCCCCCAUUGUCAAAAGACUGCUGGGCUGGAAGAAGGGAGAGCAGAACGGCCAGGAGGAGAAGUGGUGUGAAAAGGCGGUGAAAAGUCUCGUGAAGAAACUGAAGAAGACGGGUCAGCUGGAUGAACUGGAGCGAGCCAUCACCACCCAAAAUAUCAACACAAAAUGCAUCACUAUCCCGAGGUCUCUGGACGGACGUCUGCAGGUGUCCCACAGAAAAGGCCUUCCUCAUGUCAUCUACUGCCGGCUGUGGCGCUGGCCCGACCUGCAGUCCCACCACGAGCUCCGCGCCAUCGAGCUGUGUGAGUACGCCUUCCACACCAAGAAGGAUGAGGUGUGCGUCAACCCCUACCACUACCAGCGUGUCGAGACCCCAGUGCUGCCCCCGGUGCUGGUGCCCAGGCACACAGAGAUCCCCAGUGAGUUCCCUCCGCUGGAUGACUACAGCCACUCCAUCCCCGAAAAUACCAACUUCCCAGCUGGCAUUGAGCCACAGAGUAACUACAUCCCAGAAACACCGCCACCCGGAUACCUGAGCGAGGAUGGGGAGACCAGUGACCAUCAGAUGACCCACAGCAUGGACACCAGCUCCCCCAACCUAUCACCUAACCCUGUGUCACCCACUCACAGCAACCUAGACCUCCAGCCGGUGACGUACUGUGAGCCUGCCUUCUGGUGCUCCAUCUCAUACUAUGAGCUGAACCAGCGCGUGGGCGAGACCUUCCACGCAUCCCAGCCGUCCCUCACUGUGGACGGCUUCACUGACCCCUCCAACUCAGAGCGCUUUUGUCUGGGGCUGCUUUCCAAUGUCAACCGCAACGCUGCUGUGGAGCUCACUCGCAGGCACAUCGGCCGAGGGGUCAGACUCUACUACAUCGGCGGAGAAGUGUUCGCAGAGUGCCUCAGUGACAGUGCCAUUUUUGUUCAAAGCCCAAACUGCAACCAGCGCUACGGAUGGCACCCAGCCACGGUCUGCAAAAUACCCCCAGGCUGCAACCUGAAGAUCUUUAAUAACCAGGAGUUUGCAGCAUUGUUGGCUCAGUCGGUCAACCAGGGCUUUGAGGCUGUGUACCAGCUCACCCGAAUGUGCACCAUCCGCAUGAGCUUCGUCAAGGGCUGGGGAGCUGAGUACAGGCGGCAGACAGUGACUAGCACCCCCUGCUGGAUCGAGCUGCACCUGAACGGGCCUCUGCAGUGGCUGGACAAAGUGCUCACUCAGAUGGGAUCCCCCAGUAUUCGGUGCUCCAGUGUGUCCUAGGGAGCCUGGUGUCCCUCCACAUACACUUGAGCCAACCUUGUGCUGUGUCCUCAGCACUUUGACUCUUGGACAAACUGUCCUCUCACCAGCAGACGUCUCAUCUGUCCCCUCUGUCUCCUCUGUGCUCGGACAGAACUCAUACUCUGCUACUGCCACAUAGGACUCUGCAUUUGCUUUUGCCUUUUGUACAUCAAGUCAGCUUUAUGUUGUAUUCAUUUCACUAAACUGUCUAGGGCAUUCAAAGAGUCUGGACAUCAGUCAUGUCACAGUCACGCUGUGUGUCCUGACUUGCACCAGCAGACCACUAGUACUGGCUCAUUCUAUGUACAGCUACAUUUUAGUCACAUUUUUGAUGUUAUGGUAAUCCUAUUGUGUUCAGGUAACCCUGUUGUGUUCAGGUAACCCUGAUAUCUUAAACUGGAUCAGUCUACAUUAGAUUAUGAAUGAUAAUGCCAUAGUCAUUUAAAACCAGUAUCAUCUCCUGACUGACUCCAGCACAGGCUAUGUCACAGUACAACAGAGCUCCUGUCAGACAGGUGAGCUUAGCUUUGGUCCCUGUCAGACAGGUGACCUCAGUUUUGGUCCCUGUCAGAAUGCCUGCCAGUAUAGCAUCAGUAUUCUCAGAUCAUUAUUAGAUAAAUACACCUUUCUCAGAUCCCUUUAAUUCAACACCAACAUGGACACAUACAGUUCCUCAAACGUGAGACCCAGGGUCUCCUUUGGUGGAUGUAGUCCUUUGUGCUGGACUUAUCCUUUGGUGUAUGUUCUGUGUGCUGGACGUAUCGUUUAGUGAAUGUAGUCCUGUGUGCUGGACCUAUCCUUUGGUGGAUGUAGUCCUGUAUGUUGGACUUAUCCUUUGG